AUGUGGCAAGACAGCCAAGUUUUGGAUGGAGUUCCGGUCACUUGGGAGCUGUUUAAGACAACCUUUCUGGAGAGAUUCUUUCCCAGAGAUAUGAGGGAGUCCAUGGUUGAUGAGUUUAUCAACAUUAAGCAGGAAUCCAUGACAGUCAGGGAGUAUUCCCUGAAGUUUGUUAAACUAUCCUGGCAUUCUACUUCCCUUGUAUCUAGAAAAAGGGAUGAGAUGAGUAGGUUCCUAACAGGAAUCAACAGAGAUCUGGAGGAGGAGUGUCAGUCUGCAAUGCUCCACGAUAAUAUGGACCUCUCCAGGUUGAGGAGGAGUGCAGCAUCUAGAGGAGGCAGACCCGAGCUCAGGAAGGGAAAUGGAGAUGAGAUGCAGCGUCCCAUAAAGGACUUUGCUAAGUGUGGUUGUUCUCACAGUGGAGAGUGCAGACAGGGCACUAAUGCCUGCUUCGGUUGCGGUAAGAGCAGACAAAUGGUUAAGGACUGCCCACGGAAAAAAGGUCAGGUUGUAAGUAAUGCUCAGCCUAGGCCUAAUCCAAAGGAUGCAGCAGCAUCCGAGCCUCCUAAGAGGAAUAGGUUCUAUGGCCUAAAGGGCAUGGAGGAGCAGGAGAAGGUCUACACUUUCCUUUGUAACUUCUUUGCAUUUUCUCACUUUUGA